AUGGGUCCUCAUUUUCCAAAAUGGCUUCAAACUCAGAAUAGCUAUGUAAAUCUUGAUAUAUCUGUUGCUGGCAUAUCAAAUGUAGUACCUGAUUGGUUUUGGAAUAUGUCUUUCGGAAGAUAUUUAAAUUUCUCUCAUAACCAGAUGAGAGGCGAAAUUCCUGAAGUCUCCAAAGACUUAUUUCCUAAGAUUGUGGAUUUGAGUCAUAAUAAUUUUUCGAGUCCAAUACCGCUAUUUGUUUUUCAAUCAGAAAUUUUAAGCAUCUCCAAAAAUAUGUUUUCUGGAUCCAUCUCUUAUGUAUGCAAAAUUCCCAGUGACUUCUUCGCCUCCAUCCUUGAUCUCUCAGAUAACCAGUUAUCCGGAAAGCUUCCCAACUGCUGGAAGAGCUUAACAAAUUUAAUCAUUCUUAAUUUAGCAAAUAAUCAUUUUCGGGGUAAAAUUCCCAACACCAUUGGUGCCUUAUAUCAGCUUCAGACAUUUCACUUGCGCAACAAUAAUAUCAUGGGCAAGUUGCCAUCUUCUUUGAAAAAUUGCACAACCUUGAGAAUGAUUGAUUUGGGAGAAAACAAACUCACAGGAGAUAUUCCAGCAUGGAUAGGGACUCAUCUAACAAGAUUGGCAGGUCUUAGCCUUCAAUCUAAUCAAUUUCAUAGAAAAAUAUCUCCAACAAUUUGCCAUCUUGUCAAUAUUCAAAUCUUGGACCUUUCUAUAAACCAUAUCUCAGGCAAAAUUCCGCGAUGUUUAAACAAUUUUACUUCUUUGGUUGAGAAAAAUAGUUCAAUUGAAACAAUACCAAUCGGUGAGGUUUUCUUUGAAAGAUACGUCGACAAUGUUUUAGUUCAAUGGAAAGGAAAAGCGAUAGAAUAUAGAAAGCUUGGGUUUCUAAAAGGCAUUGAUCUUUCUAGCAAUAUGUUAGUUGGAACUAUUCCUCAAGAACUGUCUGAUAUGAAGGGUUUAAUUUUCUUGAACUUAUCUAGAAACCAUUUGACGGGAAAUAUUAUUUCAAGCAUUGGUCAAAUGGAGAUGUUGGAAUGGCUCGACUUGUCUAAAAAUCAGCUUUCUGGAGAGAUUCCCACUGGCCUUGCAAAUCUAAACUAUCUCAACAUUCUGGACCUAUCAUACAAUAAUUUGACAGGGAAAAUUCCAAUAGGCACUCAACUACAAAGCUCCAACCCUUCUACCAAUGGUGGGAACAACAAACUAUGUAGGCGUCCUCUAGCAGAGUGUCCUCAAGAUGCUCCUGAUCCUUCCUUAACUGAUUAUGGAAAGGGAAACAAUGUUGAAGAAGAUAAUGGGUUCAAAACUCGAGAGUUUUACUUCUGUAUGGCAUUGGUUUCAUUUUUGGAUUCUGGGCUGUUAUUUUUACUCUAUUUCUCAAGGACUCAUGGAGACAUGUCUAUUUCAACUUCUUCAACAAUGAAGCUUCCCAAUUUUGACUCUCUGAAUUCAGUUCGAAAUCCUAACAUGUCUACCUUGUUCAUCUGCUGUGGAACAACUGAUGACUGGGGAGACGCAGGGGUGGAUGUUUUCUCUUAA